GCUCGAGAGCAGAGAAUGUUAAACAACGAAGGAUGGUUUUCACUUCCACGUUUGGGGAGAAUUAGAAUGUUAUCAACAAGAGCAGAGGAAGUAGACAGACAGAUACACUGGUGUGCCAUGAAUGGGAUGUCAGUCAGCCACACAGUGUACAAAGACUAAUCUUUUGAGGCAACAACUUUGAAGAAGUAGUCAAGGCUAGUUAACGACCAGGAGAAAUAGAGUGGAAAAUGCAAAACAACGAAAUUAUUAAACCGGCCAAAUACUUCUCAGAGCUGGAGAAGAGCAUCUUGCUUGCUUUAGUAGAAAAGUACAAGUAUGUGUUGGAAUGUAAGAAAAGCGAUGCACGAACUAUUGCCCUCAAGCAGCGCACCUGGCAGGCACUGGCCCACGAGUACAACUCUCAGCCCAGCGUGUCGCUGCGGGAUUUCAAGCAGCUGAAGAAGUGCUGGGAGAACAUCAAGGCUCGGACCAAAAAAAUUAUGGCCCAUGAGAGGAGGGAGAAGGUGAAGCGCAGCGGGAGCCCACUUCUGAGUAACCACGUCCUGGGCAAGGAAAAGAUCAGCAAUAUGCUGCCGGAGCAGCUGUACUUCCUGCAGAGCCCGCCUGAGGAGGAGCCCGAAUACCACCAGGAUGCAGCUGUCCAAGAAUCCUUUCCUGUUUCAAAUAGAGAACUGUGCGAUGACGAGAAAGAGUUCGUCCAUUUUCCAGUAUGUGAGGGAACCUCACAACCCGAACCUUCGUGUUCAGCCGUCAGAGUAACAGCCAACAAAAACUACAGGAGCAAAACAUCUCAGGAAGGUGCUUUAAAAAAGAUGCACGAGGAAGAGCACCACCAGCAAAUGUCCAUCCUUCAGCUGCAGCUGAUCCAAAUGAACGAGGUGCACGUGGCCAAAAUCCAGCAGAUAGAGCGGGAGUGUGAGAUGGCAGAGGAGGAGCACAGGGUCAAGAUGGAAGUCCUCAACAAAAAGAAGAUGUACUGGGAAAGAAAACUGCAAACUUUUACCAAGGAGUGGCCUGUCUCCUCUUUUAACCGGCCCUUUCCCAACUCACCCUAAGACUUGGGGUUGGCCCCCUUGUAGUUAAUCUGUGUUGGCAAGUUUGGGAUGUGACCUUGGCGGUCGCUAGCCUGUAACAGACCUCCAACUAGGAGAAUUAGAGUGGAAGUAGUCACUUAUUUAAGAAUACAUUCAGGGAAACAGCUGCACCCCAUGUACCCCUCAAGUGGCCAAGAAGCUGUUACAGUCUCUGAAAAUCACCACUAUGCGUGCUAUAACUCUGAAUGUAAUAUUUCUUAAUUAGAAUUCAUAGAAGAACCAUGUGUGAGUGUUUUUUAUUUUAACCAAAUGCAAGUGUGAUGAUAAAGGAGUGUGGCUGGGGAUUUCUACUUGAUUUUUUGGUGUGGUUUUUUUUUUUUUUUUUUUUUUUUUUUUUUCUGCUGACAGUGGAGCUUUUUGCACCCAGAUAGAUGUAAAACCCUCCCACUGUAGAGGCUGCCCUGCGUGGCUCUUCUCCACCUUCUUGAUGUCAUCCUCUUGAGUGUGGAUGUUUGGGAAGCCCAGCUUUUGGAAGGGUAUUUCCUAAAGGGGCUCACAAACUACCUUUUAAGGCUUUCCCCAAAGAGGCUUUCCAAGUAGUGUCUCCCGCCAGUGGUGGCUUUAGUAGAAGUAGAGACAUAACAACUUUGCGGGUUUAAUGUUCCUUUAGGUUCCUACAUCCUGUUUAUUAAAAUUGUCUUAAAAUGUUAUAGUUACACUGUGUAUGUUUUAAAGGUGCUGCCAUCCCAGCCCAGACCCCGCCCAACUUUUUACUACUGAGUGAGUGGCUGCCCGUGAGUGGUUGCUCUGACUUUAUGUAGUCUCUAGCCUCCUUAGGAAAGGUCCUCUCUGGCUGUGCUCAUCAAGGUAUUAGCCGAUGGUAAUGCUGUAUUGCUGGUGUUGCGCUUCAGUCAGGAUUAGGCUUUGUAAGGAUCUGUUACCGACAUAUUUGGAGAUAUGGAUGGAUAAAUGGGUGUUUUGAUUGAGCUGUGAGGUUUCUGCUGUAGCCUAAUGUUAAAAAAAAAUAAAAAGACAAAAUGGCCCUUUAGAUCAUUUUGAGUUGGGGGUGGAAGUAGCUGGAAGCGGCAGAGUGACACUUCAGUGCCCAGGCAGAUGAGCAAUUUCUGAGAAUGAGUUUCUGUAUGGGGGAGGGGGAGUACAGUCAGGGCUGGUGUGCUAAGUGUGGCUCUGCCUGAAGGUGCUGUGUGACUCUGGCUAAUGCCCUAAAACCUUUACCUGGUGCUUCCGGUCCACAGAACAAGGGGGUUCUACAUAAUGUUUUGCUCCUGUUUCAGCUCUUUAGCCAUGGUGUGGCCUGUGCCACCCUGUGUGCACAAUGCUGACAUCAUGGCAGCCUGAGGGGCCUGGGUCUACACAGGGUUGUCUCCAGAAGUGAGUGGCCAAGCUUUGGAAUUUGGGUUUUGGGGCCUGUCAGGUUCUAUAAAAUUCUCACAAACUCCCAAUUUGGGCACUGCAUAAUUAUAAGCAGGUAUCGAUUUUGUACAUUGAAUCUAUUUUAAAUAUUUUAGAGGAAUUAGUCCAUUAUUUUAGAUAUAUCCUGCAAUGAGAUACUAGAAGUAGGAUCCUUUCCAUGAGGAUUUCUGUCCUUAGUUUUUAUUAAAUGGAUCCUUUGGAGAAUGAAGGGUUUUAAAGUCUCAAGUUCAGAUGGUAUGUGGAAGAUAGAAAUUGACUCCCGGUGUCAGGUUCAGGACAGAGACAGAAAGGUCUAAACACAAAUGUAAGAUGAAGACGGUUGCCUUUGCUUCACCUAUUGAUCCAUCAAAACAUCGUAUUAAUAUGAACAUCCCAGAGUAAGGCAUGAGAUGCUUUUUGUUUUUCUUACAAGUCCCAGGUUAUGCUUGGUCUGCUCAACACAUCUCUGAAUGACAGGACUUAAAGGGACCUUAGGAAGUUUCCCAUCUUUUGUAUACAGUGGUAUGGUGGUUAUGCUUUUCUAAGAGUUUAUAACUUAAACUCACAAACAGCAACACAGAAUAACAAAAAUUUCCCCAAACUGUAGUGCAUUUUAAUUGGACUAUAAAGCAUUGAACUAAUUCCUGACUGAACAAAUACGGGAUAAUUAAGCCAAAGUCUAAAGCCCCCUUGCUGUACUGCUAAUGGUAUUUAUGAGUUUACAAUAGUGGUUUGCAAUAUUUGACUAUGUGUUAGAAAUAAUAUUUUAAAAUAAUUAAUCCCACUGGUUCUCACUUCCAGCGGGUUCUGAGUCAGUUGACUUGGGGUGGGCCUGAUAGUAUUUUUGGAAACUUUGUAGGUGAUAUGAUGCAUAACUGAGAUUGAGAACCGCUCUGUGCAGAGUUCAUGGGAUGUAGUUCUGUUGGUUCUUAAUUCUACAAAGCCAUGGAGAAGGAAGGAAUUGAUGAUCAGAGAAGAACCUGUCUGGCAACAGGCCCAUAGCUAGUAAACAGCAAAAGAAAACUUCAGGCAGGACCUCUUGGUUCUGAAACAUACAGCCCCACCUGCUGUCUAUACCCUUUCUCUUGUGGUGGUAGCAAGGAUUUGUUUUAUGCUGAGACUGUAUAAUGUUACCGAGUGCUCGCUGAAGCAUCUUCAUUCAUGAGCAAACACAGCACAUCCUAAUUCAUUUUGCUUUUAAAGCCUUUUUAUUACCUGAGGUAGAAAGGCAAUAACCAUUUCUUGACAGGGAUUGUGGGGCAGAUACAUAUAAAAAAUAUUAAGAUAUGGUUCAACAUCAUGACAUUGCCCAGGAGGGCAGGCAGGCUUGUACGAAGCUGACCGUGGAUUUAACCGGUACAUAUCAUCAAAUGCUUUUUCAGUUGAUAGAAAACUAAGGAAAAUGAGGAAAGGAAUCACAGAGGGGUGGUGCUUGAAUUGAAUCUUUAGAGCUGACAUUUUUUGGCAGGUGGAGUUUGGAAAGCAGAACACAUCGCUAGGUAACGCAUAGAUGGGAGAGAGGAAAGUGAAGUAGAGGGGAGUUUUCAAAUUGAAUCAAAACUGUGUACCAGGAGGAAAAUUAGAAGAUGGGAUGGACUGAGAGGAGAGGAGACUGGAGUUGGGGAUUACAAGAAGAAGGCUUUGGCUUUGGUUAGGUGAGAUGUCAGGACCAGGAGGAGGUAGAGAAAAGGAGACCAGGUUAAAGGGUAGACUCAGACUUGGUGGUUGUUUUUGUUGGAGAGGAGUGGAGGGUGUUCAGAGCUAGACUGAACAAUAAUACUGAGAAUAAUACUGAUGACUGAAGUGAAGGGAUGAUGCAAAUGUCCUCUAGGACACAUGACUUGUCCUAGAGGAACCUAGGUACAAACACUGGCAGUUGUUCUCAGUUCUUUGGCUGUGCAGUGACUUUCUCCUUUUCAUCUGUCCUUGUUGUCCCUUCUUCCUAUUCACUUGAACUAGCCCUACAAGGUCCUUGGUCUUUGGACUCAUUUGCCACUGCCUGUCACUCAAAAGUCAUAAGAAAGGUGACCAGGAACCUUUGACACCUCAUUUGAUAUCUCUUACAUUGGAUUGCACUAAGAUGACCAGAGAAGACUUUUUUUUUUUUUUUGUGGUGGCCUCCAGUUUUUCUCUAGAUAGUUGGCACCCACCAAUUUGAGGUAUAUUUUGUUUUGGGGGGAGUUGUUUUCUUUUUUUUUAUGUCCCAUGUUGAAUAGAAAAAUCAUGCUUGGAAAAGGUUGGUGACUUCCACAUAUGAAUAUCACAGCUCUUUAAAAAAAAAAAUCAAAGAUGGGAUCCUACCCUGUGAGUCCACAAUUUAGGAAUGUUUCAAGUGUUUUGCUGGGACAAUCUUUAAAUGCAUUUUCCUUUUGUUUCACUUCAGAAGAGUCAGGAGGCAGAGAUGACAUGGCAGGAGAGUACAUUUGAGUUGUCAACAGUCUCUGCAGUGUCAGGUCAAUUACAUCAGCACUUGGUCUAGACCAGAGGAAAGGAAUGAUUGUGCCUCCUGGGAAUGUCACAAGGACCUGAUAAUUAUAUUUGGCAAAGCUAUGAGGAGUGGCUCUGUAAUGUCAUUGCUAAGAAUUAUCCUUUUAGUAGCCUUUCAGGAUGCCUGAGCUUUUCAGAUGGAUGGUACUUCAUUUCUGCAGUGCCUUCCUUCCCGCUGGGCUGUUUUCCAGGCAGUCCUCCUACUCCUCUGUGCCCUUGCUUGGUAUUUUCUCCUGUCUUCCCCUCAAGCCCCAUUUCUCCAGCCCCUUCUGCCCUUUCCACAGUUUCCACUCUCCCAUGCUAGAGGUGGAAGGUAUGAGGAUGCUGAUGCUGGGGAUGCUAGUGCUGGGGAUGCUCAAAGGAUGGCUCAUUCAGCACCUGAGGUAGCCUCAGUCCAUGCUUCCAUGACUUGCUUCCAGGCUGCGGUUGCUACCUUUGUGUUCAUGGGACUCAAAAGUCAUGGGAAAGGCGACCAGGAACCUGUGACAGCAACAAAUGCUUUCCCAAUUGUGCCAUAUAUUAUGCUCUUCCACACAGUUUACUAAUCUCUGCCUCAGUUUCUCCAUCUGUGAAAGUGAUGUAAUACUUAUCUACCUCCCUUGGAUGUUGUGAAGAUUAGUAUGUGUUGGUAAAGCACUUUUGAAAUAAAGAAUGAUAUCAAGCAUUUGA